AAUAGCUCUUCAAAUCUGCAAUAAAAAAUGGCCUCCAAUAAAACUACAUUGCAAAAAAUGGGAAAGAAACAUAACAGAAAGAGUAAAAAAGUUGAGGAGGCAGAGCCUGAAGAAUUUGUAGUAGAAAAAGUGUUGGACCUACGAGUAGUGAAUGGGAAGGUGGAGUAUUUCCUGAAGUGGAAGAGAUUCACAGAUGCUGACAGUACUUGGGAACCUGAAGAAAAUUUAGAUUGUCCAGACUUAAUUGAAGCAUUUCUUAAUUCUCAGAAAGCUGGUAAAGGAAAAGAUGGUACAAAAGGAAAGUCUUUACUUGACAGUGAAUCUGAUGAUAGCAAAUCAAAGAAGAAAAGAGGUGCUGGUGAUAAACGAAGAAGCUUUGCCAGAGGUCUUGAUCCUGAACAAAUAAUUGGUGCCACAGACAGCAGUGGAGAAUUAAUGUUUCUCACGAAGUGGAAAGAUUCUGAGGAGGCAGAUUUGGUGCUUGCAAAAGAGGCAAAUAUGAAGUGUCCUCAAAUUGUAAUUGCUUUUUAUGAAGAGAUACUAACUUGGCGUUCUUGUCCAGAAGAUGAAGCCCAAUAA